UCUCUUUCCCUUCUCUCCACUCUCAGGGCAUAACCUUCAGUGGUGGUACAAAUCAGGCUGCAAGCCAGCUGCCAAGUCCUGCUCACACCUUGUCAAGAAAAACAGCUGGAACCAUUUCUAAUCAACACUUCCCAACACGGCACCCCUGGGUCUCUGAAGGAAACCAGACCAGAGUUUGAAACUUUCCAAAGACUUUCAAUAGAUAUCUCAUGCAAAAGGAUACUUAGGUUGCUUUUGCACAAAUCUGGUGGUUUUGAGAGACAAAGGAGGAGGAAACAGGUGUGACUUUCACCCAAGAAGUCACAUGAACAGACUCUACAUUUAAACGACAUAAUGAAUGAUGGUUAUCGAAAUAGCCCAAACCUCUACCACGGAGCAAGGGAUAUAGCUCGAGAGGCAACCAGGCAGUCCCGGCACCAAGGAAUGGAUGACUACAAGUACCAGGACAAUUACGAGGGCUAUGCCCCCAGUGAUGGCUAUUACCGCGGCAAUGAGUCCAACCCGGAAGAAGAUGCGCAGAGUGAUGUCACAGAAGGCCAUGAUGAGGAAGACGAGAUCUAUGAGGGCGAGUACCAGGGCAUCCCUCACCCAGACGAUGUCAAGGCCAAGCAGACCAAGAUGGCGGCCUCCAGGGCGGAUGGCCUUCGGGGCCAGGCUGACCUGAUGGCUGAGAGGAUGGAAGAUGAGGAGCAGCUGGCUCACCAGUACGAGACCAUCAUGGAAGAGUGUGGCCACGGUCGCUUCCAGUGGACGCUCUUUUUUGUCUUGGGUUUGGCCCUGAUGGCCGAUGGGGUGGAGGUGUUCGUGGUGAGUUUUGCCCUGCCCAGUGCAGAGAAGGACAUGUGUCUGUCCAGUUCCAAGAAAGGAAUGCUUGGGCUGAUAGUCUACCUAGGAAUGAUGGCGGGAGCCUUCAUCUUGGGCGGCUUGGCUGACAAGCUGGGAAGGAAGAGAGUUCUCAGCAUGUCUCUGGCCAUCAAUGCCUCCUUCGCCUCCCUCUCCUCCUUUGUGCAGGGAUAUGGAGCCUUCCUCUUCUGCAGACUCAUCUCUGGCAUAGGUAUUGGGGGUGCUCUGCCAAUUGUUUUUGCCUAUUUCUCUGAGUUCCUGUCUCGGGAGAAGCGAGGAGAACACCUCAGCUGGCUGGGCAUCUUCUGGAUGACUGGAGGCAUCUAUGCGUCGGCGAUGGCCUGGAGCAUCAUCCCCCACUAUGGCUGGGGCUUCAGCAUGGGGACCAACUACCACUUCCACAGCUGGAGAGUGUUCGUCAUCAUCUGCGCUCUGCCCUGCACCGUGUCCAUGGUGGCCCUCAAGUUCAUGCCAGAGAGCCCGAGGUUUCUGCUCGAGAUGGGCAAACACGACGAGGCCUGGAUGAUUCUGAAGAAAGUCCAUGACACCAACAUGAGGGCCAAGGGGACCCCAGAGAAGGUGUUCACGGUUUCCAACAUCAAAACUCCCAAGCAAAUGGAUGAAUUCAUUGAGAUCCAAAGUGCAACAGGAACUUGGUACCAGCGCUGGCUGGUCAGAUUCAACACCAUUUUCAAGCAGGUGUGGGACAAUGCUCUGUACUGUGUGAUGGGGCCCUACAGAAUGAACACGCUGAUUCUGGCCGUGGUCUGGUUUACCAUGGCUUUAAGUUACUAUGGACUGACAGUUUGGUUCCCUGAUAUGAUCCGGUAUUAUCAAGAUGAAGAAUACAAGUCUAAAAUGAAGGUAUUUUUGGACGAGCAUGUGUACGGUGCCACAAUCAACUUCACCAUGGAGAAUCAGAUCCACCAACGUGGGAAACUUGUGAAUGAUAAGUUCACAAGGAUGUACUUUAAACAUGUACUCUUUGAGGACACAUUCUUUGAUGAGUGUUACUUUGAAGAUGUUACAUCUACUGAUACCUAUUUCAAAAAUUGCACCAUUGAAUCAACCAUCUUUUAUAACACAGACCUCUAUGAGCAUAAGUUCAUCAACUGUCGGUUUAUCAACUCCACCUUUCUGGAGCAGAAGGAGGGCUGCCACAUGGACAUGGAGCAAGACAACGACUUUCUGAUUUACCUCGUCAGCUUCCUGGGCAGCCUGUCUGUCUUGCCUGGGAACAUCAUUUCUGCCCUGCUCAUGGACAGGAUCGGAAGGCUCAAGAUGAUUGGCGGCUCCAUGCUCAUCUCAGCGGUCUGCUGCUUCUUCCUAUUUUUUGGCAACAGUGAGUCUGCGAUGAUCGGCUGGCAGUGCCUGUUCUGUGGGACCAGCAUUGCGGCCUGGAAUGCUCUGGAUGUGAUCACCGUGGAGCUAUAUCCCACCAACCAGAGGGCAACAGCCUUUGGCAUCCUCAAUGGAUUGUGCAAAUUUGGCGCCAUCUUGGGAAACACCAUCUUUGCUUCUUUUGUUGGGAUAACCAAAGUGGUCCCCAUCCUUCUGGCUGCUGCUUCUCUGGUUGGGGGCGGCCUGAUUGCCCUUCGACUGCCAGAGACUCGAGAACAAGUCCUGAUGUGAACAAUCUCUGGGGAAAGGAAAGGUUGAAAGAAUCUUGUCCAGGACACGUAAAUGCAUCCACACUUCCUGCCUGUCACUGUCCAGAGGACACCUUGGGUAGCACAGGAGGAGAAGUUGAUUUUGUGACCCUUAGUUUAGGACUCACGUCAGCUGUCAAUGUGUUUGUAACUCAGGUGACUGAUUUGGGGUUGCCCGAGCCACCCUUAGGAUCACGGAGCUGCGUGUUUGGCUUCAGGUCUCCCCAGCCCAAGGCAGGGGAGGCCCCUUCCUUGAGCACACACACUAAGCAGGGAGUGCGCAUUUCCCUAAGUGAAGUGCAAGAACUUAUUUGCAUUUCAAAAGGAAUUUGAGGAUGAGAAACGCUCAAGCUCUUCCAUAAAGCUCCUUGGAGCCCAGCGAUUAAACAAAUUGUCUUGGCUGGAAGUUAGAAUCAUUAUGUGAGCAUUGGGAUUGAAGUACAGGAUACACAUAUUUUUGCAUUUAAGAGUGUCACCUAUCACAUUUUCCACUUGAAAAUUGGCAUAGUAGCAUUGAAAAUACUCUGAUAUAGAAAACCAAAUAUUUGAGCAAUACCUAUACAGAUCUCUCUUUCCCCUAAGUGUCCUAAGCUUUCCAUGAUGAUUAGGUGAUAAAUUUAAGAAUGAUAUUUAUUUCUAUUUUGCUCUAUUCAAUGCAACUUAAUGGGAUAGGUGUUCUGUAAACUAAGUUUGUAUAUAACUUUACUUGGGUUUAAUUGCCACGGAUGCUAUCUGCAAAUAUUGCCAGCAUUUUAGCCAUAUUUUGGGAGAACUUGGUGUUUGAGGUCCCAGGAAAUUAGGUCUGAUUGAAUGAAAUGCAAACACAAUUUCUUAUAGCCAUUUAACUUGCUGUCUGGAGGAUGCACUUAACAAACUCAUAUUGUACAGUUCAUUUAAUCCAGGCGCUUUUCUUCGUGUGGGUGGAGUGCAUACUUUUCUCUCUUACCCAGAUCACUUGUGAAACUCAAGCUCACCGUCUUCAAUACAGCAUUCGAGUUUGCUGCUCACCCAGAAACAACACUGAGAAGCGUCCACUGGCCUCUGGCGCUCUUUACAGGCGAUAAUCAAACAACAUGGGGGACUGAGGGAGGGAUGGGGAAGUGCAGCCACAGUUCUUCCAAGUGUAAAUACUUUCUGCUUGUGUUUUAGCAGCAAAACGCUAUCCAUGUUCGUUAUAAUGGUCAGGUCUCAUGAGAAAUCUAUGCUAUGUGUUCGGGGCUUUGUAAACAGAGCCCAUGGACUGAGAGUUAGGGAGCUAGUGGAGGUCAAAUAUGUUUUUCUUCAGUGCUCUAAGAAACUCUUUCCUGAAAUCCAGUUAGGAACACGAACAGGGGUAUGAGUAGGGAGGAGCCGAGGACAGACUGCUCUGGCCAGUGGCAGCAAUCGACUGAAGUCUUGAGAACAUGGAAGAGAAACAACUUGUUGGCCCUCGGAACUGUCUAGCAGGGAAGGGGACAGUGAGCUAUGAACUCCUGCCACUGGAGGUGAAUUUGCCCAGGCCCAGUGAAUGUCAGUCUGCAAGAACCAGUUCUUGGAGCUGAUUUGCAAUGCUCUCAGUGGCCAUAAAGUGCCACACUUUCCCUGACAGAGAUCUCCAAAUAUUUAAAACAGACUAAUAAUGGCUGCAUUGAGUGUUUUCUCAGUUUUGGAGAAAUGCUUAGGUCCUGUGAUAGCUUCAGGCCAUCUUUCUGUAAUUUUCUCAGUUAACAGGUUGGCAGGGGUAAAUUUUAUGACACCUCUUCACCUUCCAUUUGAGAUCAGUUUUAAUGGUUAACAUGUUUACUCUGUGUCUCUUGAAUCCCACCUAUUCAUUCAACUCUGAUUUGACACCCUGAUUCCCCUAAAUAUAUAUAUAUAUCAAAUAUAUAAAUAUACCGCUGAGUAUUAAUGUUUCUCUCAGUGUUUUUUAGGGGUUACCUAACACAGUGCUAUGUUGACAACGAGAGGCCUGGUGUAAUAUAGUUGUAAUAUACUCUCCAUAUUCUUGUGAUAUGAAAUACAGUGGCUGGGUUCAUAAAAGAGAAUUGUGUAUAUCUGGGAUCACCACAUCUCUUAUAACAUUAUUCUUCAAUAGGAUAAUAUAAUUCGAUGAGAAGCUACCACUUAAGAAAUUUACAAGCCAGAGCCUGCAUUUUUAGUUAAGAUGGAUCUUAUAAAUUCAAAAUCUGAUUAAUUUUUGAGUGCUAGGGUGGCUGCAAUAAUUUAGGGGUUAACUCCAUGUGGUUUCCAAACUCUAACUUCUACAUUAUCUUUAUGGCUCCUUAAACCAGCCACCUAACCAACGAGGGAAAUUCCCAUCUCAUCCAUCACUUAGGCGUUUGUAAAGGGUGCAGCCAAGCUUUUCCCAUGAACAAUUGUCUGGCAUAAGUACUUGGCCACUUCUUAAGUGCUGUCACUCCUGCUGAGAUAAAUGUGUCUUUAAAAAUAGUCUCUGUGGCAGGUCACUGGGGAAUAAUGUACAGCAUCCCUGGUCAUCCACCCUUUUUCACUUCAUUUUCUACCCUGAGAAACUCCCAGUGUCGGCCGUGGGGGGUUAAGGGACGAGGGUCUCCUUUGUCGAGCAAGUCUGUUCACAGUUCAUGAUGAUGUAUUUUACGAUGCUCAGUUUGGGAGUAGUUGCUUUUCAUAGUCUCAACUGUAUUGUGUCAUCUCCUGAUGCUGAUUUUUGAUCUUAUGUUUUAUUAAAAAUAAUUAGUGAAA